UUGGUGAGUUUUCUUUGUUUCUUCAACUUGAGCAGAAAACAUCAGAAAAAGUUUGUGACUGACAACCGCUAACUGGAGCAUUCUCACCAGGUGGUACUGGACUGGUUUCUUGGAUCCUACACUAAGGAUUGUGUCUGAAAGCAGCAUGAAAGACCCAUCAAGAAGGUAUAAAUACACAAGCAGAUGCUGGGAAAGUACCGUGGUUGCUAACUGAUCUCAGGUUAUGAGAGCUGGGAGAUUGUUGGCGACUGAAGCACCCUGGAAAGCCAAAGUAUUCAGAUCUCAACUCUUCCUUGAUGCAGACCUAAGCUGAAACCAAAAGCAAAGGAUCAGCAGCAACAGAGGAAGCAAGACUGGUGAUGAUAAAACGAAGAGACAUCUGCUGACAUCAUGACCUGUGUGGAAAAGCGACACAUUAACCAUCGGAUGGGAAGCAUGCUCCACCAUCGCUUCCCCAACAGCUUCACCGACCUGUUCAUGGACGAAACGGAUCGAGAGGUCAGCACCCUCACCGAUAGAGCCUUCCGUAGCCUCUGCAUUGGAGACGACGCGGUUUACAAUGACGACUUCCUGUACGGAUACUCACCUUUCAGCUGCCACAAACCUUUGGCAGGGGAGCCUCUUAAAAAAAAUCACCACAAGGAAUCUAAAAAAUCUGGGCAACACAAGCAUGACAAAAGUGAUGCGCAGAAGGACAUAUCCCACAUGUCAUCACUCCUCAAGGCACUGAGCGUUGCAGAGGAAAGCUGUGAGGGGAUGUUGAUCAAAAAUGGAGGGGUCACAGACUCUAAUGGAGAAUCAUGGGAUAAGUCUGCACUUCGCAGCAUCCAGAGGGAGUUAUCAGAAUUCUCCACAGAUUAUCACACCGGUCUCACUAAUAGACAUUAUAAGGACCAUUUGCGGCAUCAGUCUGGCGAUGGUUUAUCAAACAAAAUGGGCAAAGAUGUCGGUCUUCCCUAUGGGAAAUCCACAAAAGUUAAAAACGGGAAAUCCACAGCCAAGUUAAGAAAACUUAACAUCAAAAACUUUUUCCUCCACAGUGAGUUCAGUCCUUUCCAAACAUGGAGAGACUUUAACCGGUACCCCUUUGGCCAAGAGGACACGGUCUCCACUAUCCUCUCUACAGAUAAUGCUCCUAAAUGGUACGACAUGCCAUUUUACAAGGAGCUAACUGAGGCCCAUAGAAAACAGACUCUGCAUACAGAAGAGGCACAGACAUGCCACAAAGAAGCAGUUGAGCCUACUUCCCCCACUGCUCUUAAACCCAUGCCUCCCCCUCCACCUCCAAAGGUUCUGCCAAAGCACUCAGCCACCCCUGCAGAGAAGAGGUGCUCUUCAGAUGGAGGGGAUGGGACUGCUGCCCCCUGGAGGCGCAACAGGUCCAGGGCAAAAAGUGCUAUUCCAGCCAGCCAGGCUGGGAUAGUACCUCAAGAAAGCAACUCAAAAGCAGCUGUUGAGAGUCUUUUAUUGGUUAAAAAGGAAUUUAAAUCUGUGGAGGUGAAAGCAGUUGAAGAGGCCAACUCUUUGGCUUCCACUCCGUUCAGCAUCUGCCAGCUGAUGACUCCCCUCAUUCCCUCCAGACAACCGACAGAAACGUCAGAAAUCCUCCAAAACGUCCUUUCGCCCUCGGCUCUCGAUCUUCCGGUUAGACCUCACUCUGAGGCCAAAGUGACUCCUGAACUUCCAGUCAAGCGAGAAAGCUACAAAUCACUCGCCUUCAGCAUCCUCUUUAAUUUGAAAGACAACAGGAAAAGGGUGAAGAGCCGUUACAGUCCACCUAAAUUCAAAACUUUAGAGCUGCCUGAAGUGCGAUAG